UGAGGGCGCUCUCUCAUCAACGAUAGUUCCGCGCCUGAUAAUACACCGUUAACCUGGCUGCAAACAUCACAGGUUGCGAAUAUUCAUUUUGGAUUUUGUCACUUCAGUCCUAUCUAACUAUGGCAACCCCAGUUACAAAACAUAAAUCUCCAAGUAGACAGAGCACUGGCGGCAAAGACAAAUCAGCUGAGAAUUCAGGAAGUUACUCCAUCAGAGAUGCCACCAGGUUCUUUACAAGUGAAUCAUCUAAUAGAAAGGUCCGUGGGAACACUUUCUUGACAUUGGCCAUUCAGAUGGUGGAGACUACCGCAAAGAAGGAAGGAUUGUCCCCAGAGGUCAUAGGUCAACUUGUCGAUGUUGCAGCAUCUGCAAAGUUUCCGGAUUCAAUCAGUUCUCGUCUUGUGAAGAGUCUUCUUCCAUCAGAUAAGAUCCCCCAGGAUGCAAUGGUCAAAGCCAUUUCCUGGAUGUGUACCAACAGACCUUCCAAUGAAAUACAGAGCCUACUGCUGAGGUGGAUGAUUCUGACCUAUGACCUGUUAGAUGGGCUAGACAACCUCCAUGCACUCUAUGGAGUUGUUUUCCAUUUCAUUGAGAAUGAUGCAUUGUGUCCUCAUGUCUGUCAUCUGCUCUACCUUCUGACAAGGAAGGAGGACGUUUUGGUAUUCAGAGUUCAGCGACUUCUUAGUCUUCAGAAAAGAGUGGGCAUUCAACCUUACAUAACCGGCCUACUGUCUGUGUACAAGAUGUAUCGCCCUCAUCUAGUCUCUUUGGUGACUCCACCCACUCAGAGGGUAUUCUUCCGUCAGACUGAUCGGAUAUGGUCUGGUGAGGUUCAUAAGGCCAAGGAGAGAAUACAGCAGCGUACUAAUGGACCUGAAUCAGCCGUGGAACGGUUACAGGGUGUAGACAGAUUGAAAGCUAAGAGGAAGAAGCUGGAUGUUAUCCCGUCAGUGACCUCGUCAAUUCUAUCACUGGAUGUCUCAGGCGAUGCAGGCUACCAGUUGCCCGGUAGUCAUUACAGCAAAAUCCCGCUGCAGCACAUUAAAUCUUUUGAUGACCUGCUGAAAAAUAUGGAUAGAUUAGAGCUUCCUGGCCAGAUUGCUGCGGUGUUGGAUUCACCAUACCUCCAGCAUGCUAUCUGCUGUCACACAGAGCAACAUGUUGUACAAAGACUUAGCUUCUGGCUCUAUCAAAUGCUUCAUGAAGAGCUUCUAGACUACUCCUCAGAGGUGCCAAACUCCAGAGCCGAACGACUGCUACAGAUGCUCAUCAGCUUCACUGACUUCCUACAUGAGGAUGUUCCAGUGAGUGAAAACUUCUUGGUGAAAUAUCUUCACACAUGGAAUGGUUCAGAUUACAGACCAUAUAUCCUGAAACUCAUCACAAGGUUUAGAAUCUACCCCUUCCAAAAGUUGAAUGACCUUGUCUUAGAGCCUCUGCGAUCUCUGUUCUUCUGCUCCUCUGUCUUCUUCAAGUGCCAAGUCAUCUUUACCCUAACAGAGCUUCUGAGGAACUAUGUCGCUAUUGAGCUUCCUCGCCAUGCAGACACAGUCUGCAUGCAAGCUGUCAAGGAGGCUUCUGCUCUCCAAGCUGGUGAUGCUCAACUGUCACAGAAUCAGGUGUCAGUCUUUGAUGUUCAUGUGGGUAAUUUCCAGGCCCUGCACACCAUUCAGGAACUGACGGAAUACGUGGACAGAAUCAGUACAAUGGCACUUCUCAUUGAAAAGGAUCAUGUACUUCUGAUGCAUUAUGUAUUGGAAUUCUUUGAAUUGGUGUCCUGUUUACAUCUUCGCUAUGGAGUACCAUUUGUCUAUGUCCCAUCCUCUGGAUGCUUCUAUAGAGCUUUGUUUGCAAGUAAUGCCAUGGUCUGCUCGAGAGUCUGUAAAAUCAUCUGCAACUACAAAGAUGAGUUCCAGGCCUUGAAGAAGAUGGUUUCUAUUGAAGAUUCAGACAGCUUAUUUACUAACAACAUGAGGGACGGCAUCCAGCUACUCAACCAGUACAUCUUAGAUCUCAGCAAUGCUCUCUGGCGUAACAAGGCUUUCCUGACUACCAAUAAGACAAAAGUCUUUGAUAUCCCGGUUGCCUCGCUCCAAACAACAGGUGUAAAGCACAUCAACGAGGCAUUCUCGAUCCAUCUACACAUGGCAAUGUUGCCAUUUGCCAACAGCUUCCUUGAACAGACACAGCCAGUAGGUAAAAAGGUUCACCCAAGUCUGAUCCGUUCCUCGGAGCGAGACACCUACCUGGAUUUCCUCAAGAAGGAACGUUUGGAUGGUGUAGUGGCAUUCAUUAACACAUUCAUCAAACGUAACCAGACCGCACAACAUAAGCACCAAACAGCAAGCUGAAAGUAAAGCAGUGUUCAUCGAAUGUAACGUAGGCUUCAUUCCAAAAUGGUAUCUGUGAAAACAAGUUGGAACAGUUCAUCUGUGCACGGGUGUCGCUAGACCAUUUUGAAUGGGGGGGGGUGCCGCAUGAAAUUUGCCGAUGUACAGUCACGCAAAACGAGUGAACUGUAGUCUGAUUCCAUAGCCUGACAUCUACCUCACGGUAGUUAUGGGAGUUGUGAGCAUGAAAUUCAUCUUCUGUUCAUCGCCAUGGUUUUCUUGACCACUUCCACAACAGUUGAAUUAAAUCCACCCUUUCCGUCAGGUCUUUCUCACAGUUUAGCAACAGCAACAUGUCUAGUCUCCUAUCACCCAUGGUUCACCUGUAAAAAUUCUUAAUGAACUUCAGAUGGCUGAAGGUGCAUUCAGCUUCAAAAGUGCAUUUAAUAAUAAACACUUGUUGAGUGCUGUCUAUCUAGUGAACUAUUCUUUAUUUCUUUACAAUCGUCAUUUUCUCCCUUUUCCUUUGAUCUUCAUUCUCUGUUCUUCAUUUUUUAUUUUGCCAACAAACUAAUAUUUUGCAGACAUUAACUAACUGAUGGGGGGGGGGUGUUACACCCCCAACAUCCCCUCCUAGUGACCCGUGCAUCUGUUGUCUCAAUUCAGUGACUUUCUGCUCAACUUUUGGAACUCGUCAUGGCGUCAUUUUAAUUAUGCAGUUACACAUGUACAUGUAUAUACAAAAUUUUGAAGGGCUCAAAUAUUUCCAUGGUCAGGAAUCUUACAGACUAACUUCUCAAACUUAAUGUGCACAUGCAUUUGGCAUUUCACAGAACUAAAUUGCUAGAGUAGGCAUGUAACAGGUGCGUACCACCUGUUCAGGAGUUUUGUGCCACCCGGCAGUAAUGGCGUCUAAUUGUGCUUGUGGAAGUACAUUAUAGCAGCAAACACUAACGUACAUGUACAGGGUAAAUGCCAUAAAUAUUUACAUAUUUGGUUUUGCAGUGAUCAACAUGUACAUAAUUAAUUUCUCCAUCAUACUUAAACUCUCUCCUCUUGGAAAACAUCCAGGGUUGUAAUACAGCAGAACACUGUUAUAAAAAGGUCCUUUGGACUUUACAAAUUACCUUGUUAUAGUAGUUACCUUGUAUUAAUAGCCAUGGAAACAAACAACUUUGUAUUAACAGUGCUCUUCUGUGGCUGUAUACCUUUCAAAUGGGAGUUGUGUGUGUUGCCCAACUGACAGAAAUAGAAAUGAAAUUUAUUUGGGUGAUUUUUAAUUUUCCAUGCUUUUUUGUGAUCAUUGUAUAUAUGUAUUGAAAUAUAUUAAAUGUAACUUUGGUUUUUCACCAUCUUAAGAUGAACCACUUCAAAUACUUGUAGUAUUUCCACAAAUACUUCAGUUUAUAAGGCUUGGCACGAAGGAAACAAUUGUAGUGAAUUUUUGGCCUAUUUUUUGUGAACUUGACACACUCCAACAACUUUUGCGAAAAUUCCUAUUGACUUUUAUGAUAUAAAAUGCAAGUAUCGAGCAUUAAAAUCAAAUAAAAGAGUUUCUGCUUGUUUUUAUA